CCCCUCCCUUUUAGUGGAGAGAGAUGGGAAUCUGUGGCGAACGCCCGAUUUGACAGAGGCGAAAGGCAGGCAUCGGACGUGCGCUCCCCGCCGGCCCUAGCCGCCAGUACCGCAUAGAGAGGGCAGCGGGAUACCGGGAGAAAGCCAGGACGCGAGGCGCCAUGGGCCACUGCGCCGCAUGAGGAAUCCAAGGGCUUCGGGGGACUCCAAGCCGGCUACCACCGCGCCGUGACAUGGCCUCAGCCCCGCCCACAUCAGACUGCAGCAAUAACCAUGCAGAGACUUUGCAGCUGCAUGCCACCGUGUCCUGCGCCAGGCUCAAGCGGAAGAAAAACUGGUUUGUGGGGACGGCCAUCUAUGUGGAGCUUGAGGCGAGUGGCGAGGUGUGGAGGACGGCCAAGUCGCACAGCUCCUCUAGCCCCAAGUGGGAGGAGCGGCUCACGGUGAACGUGACGCCAAGCAGCCAGCUGGACUUCCGGGUGUGGAGUCACCACGCCCUCAAGGCCGACUCCCUGCUGGGCAAAGCGGGACUGGACGUGCGGAGGGUCCUGGAGCAACAUGGCUGCAAUGUGGAAAAUGUAAAGGAGGUGCUGAAGCUGACCCUGGAGAGUAAAGGGGGCCAGAGCACUGUUGGGGAGCUGACGGUCAUCCUGGACGUCCCCGCGGUUUGCCGGGAGAUACUCCCCAACAGAACCAACUCAGCCCCCAAAGUACAGCAGAAUGGAGACGCUGUCCGAGACAAUGGGAACGACAUCCCAGCAAGAUCUCAGUCUGGGUCCCAGGGCUCUGGUUCUGGUUCUGCGUCCGGUUCUGGUUCCGGUUCUGACAGCAUUGAUGGUCCGGGUGCGUCCGCCUCGCCUGUCAUCAAUGGAGACUCCGCCUCCUCUUCUCCUGCCCCCAGGGCAGCUCAGGCCCAACAAGAUCCCUCCCUCGGCCUGACUGACGGUCAGGUCACAAACGACGCCGUUAAUGGGGAAACUGUCAAUUCCGCUGUGGAAGAGAUGCUGCCCCCUGCUGGCAGCUCUGGGGAUGGCGUCGGCGGCACCUCUUCGGACUCCGGGUCUGGUGUGGCCACUUCAGCACUCGCAGCGUUAGACGGCCCCUCCGGCAAUCCCGCCUCUUCCUCCUCCCCCUCCUCUUCCUCCUCCGUGACUGCCUCUGCUGCAGGGAACAAGGCCGGUGGCAAUAGUGCUUCGGAAGCGAAACCCAAGCAUGGGAAUACUGGGAAUGCCGAUCACCUGCCCGCAGGGUGGGAGCAGAGGAAAGACGUGCAUGGCAGAACGUACUACGUGGAUCAUAACACGAGAAGCACAACGUGGGAGAGACCCCAACCCCUACCCUCUGGGUGGGAGCGCCGCGUGGACGACCGGGGCCGGAUCUACUACGUGGACCACAACACCCGGACCACCACUUGGCAGAGGCCCACCAUGGAGUCGGUCCGCAACUUCGAACAAUGGCAGUCCCAGCGGAGCCAGUUACAGGGAGCUAUGCACCAGUUCAACCAGAGAUACCUCUACUCGGCUUCCAUGAUGUCGGCGGAGAACGACCCCUUAGGCCCUCUGCCUCCCGGUUGGGAGCGACGCGUGGACUCUAACGACCGUGUGUACUUUGUCAACCACAACACGAAGACCACUCAGUGGGAGGACCCGCGUACACAAGGGCUGCAGAACGAAGAUCCCCUCCCCGAGGGCUGGGAGAUCCGCUACACACGUGAGGGCGUCCGCUACUUCGUCGACCACAACACACGCACGACCACCUUUAACGACCCGCGCACCGGAAAGUCGUCCGUCACCAAAGGGCCGCAGAUCGCCUACGAGCGCAGCUUCCGCUGGAAACUAGCCCAUUUCCGCUACCUGUGCCAGUCAAAUGCCCUCCCCAGCCACGUGAAAAUCACCGUGUCACGGCAGACCUUAUUUGAGGAUUCCUUCCAGCAGAUCAUGGCCCUCAAACCGUACGACCUCCGCAGGAGACUCUACGUCAUAUUCAGGGGGGAGGAGGGACUUGACUACGGUGGCCUGGCGAGGGAGUGGUUCUUCCUGCUGUCCCACGAGGUCCUGAACCCCAUGUACUGUCUGUUCGAGUACGCUGGUAAGAGCAACUACUGCCUGCAGAUCAACCCAGCAUCGGCCAUCAACCCUGACCACCUCUCCUACUUCUGCUUCAUCGGGCGCUUCAUCGCCAUGGCGCUGUUUCACGGCAAGUUCAUCGACACGGGCUUCUCCCUGCCUUUCUACAAGCGUAUGCUGAGCAAGAAGCUGACCAUCAAGGACCUGGAGUCCAUCGACCCCGAGUUCUACAACUCGCUCAUCUGGAUCAGGGACAAUAAUAUCGAGGAGUGCGACCUGGAGAUGUACUUCUCAGUCGACAUGGAGAUUUUGGGCAAGAUCACCUCCCACGACCUGAAACCCGAUGGGGCGUCGCUGCUGGUCACCGAGGAGAACAAGGAGGAGUACAUUGGGCUGAUGGCGGAGUGGCGGUUCUCCAGGGGAGUGGCUGACCAAACCAAAGCAUUUCUCGACGGAUUCAACGAGGUGGUGCCACUGCAGUGGCUGCAGUACUUUGAUGAGAAGGAGCUGGAGGUGAUGCUGUGCGGCAUGCAGGAGGUAGACCUGCAGGACUGGCAGAGGCACACGGUGUACCGGCACUACACCCGCAACAGCAAGCAGAUCAUGUGGUUCUGGCAGUUUGUGAAGGAGGUGGACAACGAAGUGCGUCUGCGGCUGUUGCAGUUUGUGACAGGGACGUGCCGUCUACCACUAGGGGGCUUCUCUGAGCUCAUGGGCAGUAAUGGUCCUCAGAAGUUCUGCAUCGAGAAGGUGGGCAAGGAGACCUGGCUGCCCCGGAGUCACACCUGCUUUAACAGGCUCGACCUGCCCCCCUACAAAAGCUUCGAGCAGCUGAAAGAGAAGCUGCUGUUUGCCAUCGACGAGACGGAGGGAUUUGGACAGGAGUGAUGGAAGAGAGAGAGAGAGAGAGAGAGAGAGAGAGAGAGCGCAGACCGUCACAACCACUACUACUGACGCAUAAGCUAUUUAUCUUCUUCCUCAUAAAUAUGCAAGAGGUCCCAGCUUUCCCUCCACCGCUGUGACUCCGGGGCUCGUAAACACAUGGUGUGAGCGUGUGUGUCUGUAUAUUGUUCAGCUGAAAGUCUCCGAUGCAUUUGUAGCAGCGGUUGGGCCGCGGCUCUAGUUUUAUAGAGCUGCAGCCUUGGGUCUCGUGAUGUACGGCCCUGUGCAGCACUUUACGGGUCAGCCCUGUGUGUGCGUUCUGUUGGCAUGACGACACUGGGGGUGGGUUUUAUAGGAGCAGGAUGACUGGACUCCCGAUGAAGGGUCCAGCCACACCUUCAGAGCCCUGCAUCAGUGUUAUUUAGUGGUGUUUGCUUCUUUAGGCUGGGGGGGUGGCUAUGAGGCUCAUGAUGCCCCUCCCUCCCAAUUUUGUUUACCAAAAGCAGAUUCCUGACAUGCUUCUCUCGAUUGUGAGAGCAGGUGCCUGUGUGACUGGUACCAGGAGUUCUAGGCGGUUCUGUUAAGCUUGGCUGCGAGGGAUGGCCAUCCUCCACGUAUCCACACAAGCAGAACAAGCGUGGAGGAAUUGCUGAUCGUUCUUUGGAUCAGUCAUCAGGACCAGAACAGUCUGCUGUUAACUAGUGCUGAGAGCCACUGAAUGACCCUGAAGGACAAGUGGGAGCAGUUUGCCUGUGCUUCCUGAUUUGGCUGAGAAGGGACUUCUGCAGGAGAACAUGGAAUACAUCAGGUGGUCUUCAGACUGAAGAGCUCAUUAUGGAGGCCGUCCAGGGUCAAAAGGCACCACGGUUUGCUGAUCUGAGUCCUGUCUUUAAUUUUAAGUCGCUACCGCUAGUUCUGUUGGCACAGCACAGAAUCAGCCACUACAAUUCAGGCUGGCACCCCCUUGUAGUGGGGGGGGCGAACAUUCUAUUUAAAAAGCUUGGUGCUGAGAGAUAAGGAUGAGCUCAUGUGCAGUGGCAGGUCUUCCUCGCCAGGGUCACGCUCCACGUUCCCGCAAGCCGAAGCCGCUGGGGAGUCUCCGCUUUUCGUCUGUUUAGUGUGGAACGAUCCGCCGAAGGUUUAUUUAUAGGUUUUAAUCCAGUUCCCUUCGAGUGACAGCAUCGAGGAGGUCUGGGCUCUACACGAGGGAACCACAAUGUCCUCGUGUGGAACCUGAUCACCCUGUUUUCACAAGAGCCACUGUUGUGCACAAGAGAACAGGAGCGAUUUACUCUUAAGAGUAACUACACUGCUUGUGCAGUGCUUGUGGGUUUUUCCAUGGAAACACUUCAUUUUUUUUUUUGCUAAAUGUGAUAUAUGAAAAUACCUACCAUUUUAUAAAGAAUGAACUCAACUGUAAAAAUAUACUGAAUUCAUCUGGGACAUAUAUAUAUAUAAUUUAAUUUUUUUUUUUUUUUUUAAAUGUGGUAACUUAAGCCAGACUUAUGUUGCCAUUAGCAAUGAUAACUGUAACAUAUCAGAGUAUAGACACUGUAGACAGGGAUGGUAUGUGGGAGGGAGGGGCAGGUUCAGUUAACUUUAUAUGUACACACACACACACACACACACACACAGACAGACAAACAGGCACACUACUCCUACAGGAACAGGUAUGGGUGUUCCCCGUUCUGCCUUUUGCUCAGGAUUCAUACUUUUCUUCCUCAGAUAAUUUACUCUUUUUUUUGGACAUACCUGUGAAGCAAAAAAAUAAUUUAAUAAAUGUAUCAGACCCUCUU